AAGCGGAAGCGGGAGCGGGCGGGACGCGGCCCGGCCGCGGCGAUGUCGGCCAGCGCCGUCUAUGUGCUGGACCUGAAGGGGAAGGUUCUGAUCUGUCGGAAUUAUCGCGGAGAUGUGGACAUGUCAGAGGUGGAACAUUUUAUGCCAAUCCUUAUGGAAAAGGAAGAAGAGGGGACGCUUUCUCCUAUUCUAGCACAUGGAGGAGUUCGUUUCAUGUGGAUUAAACAUAACAACCUGUAUCUUGUUGCAACUUCUAAGAAAAAUGCUUGUGUAUCAUUGGUGUUUUCAUUUUUAUAUAAAGUAGUUCAGGUUUUUUCUGAAUAUUUCAAGGAGUUGGAAGAAGAGAGCAUUAGGGAUAACUUUGUUAUUAUUUAUGAGUUGUUAGAUGAGCUUAUGGAUUUUGGUUAUCCACAAACCACUGAUAGUAAAAUUUUACAAGAGUACAUCACUCAGGAAGGCCACAAACUUGAAACUGGAGCCCCACGCCCACCUGCCACUGUUACAAAUGCUGUUUCAUGGAGAUCAGAAGGGAUAAAAUACAGGAAAAACGAGGUGUUCCUGGAUGUCAUAGAGUCUGUUAACCUUUUGGUCAGUGCCAAUGGAAACGUGUUACGGAGUGAGAUAGUUGGAUCCAUUAAAAUGAGAGUCUUCCUCUCAGGAAUGCCAGAGCUGCGCCUUGGCUUGAAUGACAAAGUUCUCUUUGAUAAUACAGGCCGUGGGAAAAGUAAAUCAGUAGAACUGGAAGAUGUGAAGUUCCACCAGUGUGUUCGUCUCUCUCGCUUUGAGAACGACAGGACAAUCUCUUUCAUUCCACCUGAUGGAGAGUUUGAGCUCAUGUCAUAUCGUCUCAAUACCCACGUAAAACCCCUGAUCUGGAUUGAAUCUGUGAUUGAGAAACAUUCCCACAGUCGCAUUGAGUAUAUGAUCAAGGCCAAGAGUCAAUUUAAACGUAGAUCAACUGCCAACAAUGUGGAGAUUCACAUCCCAGUUCCAAACGAUGCAGACUCGCCAAAGUUUAAAACCACUGUUGGAAGUGUCAAAUGGGUUCCAGAGAACAGUGAAAUCGUCUGGUCCAUUAAAUCUUUUCCAGGUGGAAAAGAAUACCUGAUGAGAGCUCACUUUGGACUUCCAAGUGUUGAAGCUGAAGACAAGGAAGGAAAACCUCCCAUUAGUGUCAAGUUUGAGAUUCCAUAUUUCACCACUUCAGGAAUUCAGGUUCGUUACUUAAAGAUAAUUGAGAAGAGUGGCUACCAGGCUUUGCCCUGGGUCCGGUACAUCACCCAGAAUGGAGACUACCAGCUCCGAACACAGUAAAACAUCUCUCAGGCACCACAGACAACAAAACCUUCAGGCCUAGAAUUCAUUUCCAGAAGCUUCUGUGGUCCUGAGAGCUGUGAGUGUUGUUGCCAAGGGUCUCGUUUCUGCAAUCUUGGAUUGACAGAAGAAAGAAUUGGAAAUUUAUUGAUUUCAAUAAUGUGUUUGAGCUUUUGAACCAUUAGUAUUGAUUGUGUGAAUAUUUAUUUCAUUCUUAGAACAUGCUGAUCUUGCUGCUAAAUGCUAAAUUAGGAGUAGCAGUUACAUUGAGGAGCCAGGAAUCCAGAAUGAACCUUGGGAAUGUCUUGUUGAUGCCUUGUCCGUUACAGUCACAGAGUUUCUAGUAUUUGUAUUUUAGGAUCCCUAAAGACAUUGGCAGCAUUGUGCUACAAAUUAGGGAGAUGAUUGUGCAAUUAAAUGACUGCUGAACACUUUGUUGUA